GGGUCCGGGCACCCCAGGGCUUGAGAGCAGAGCUGGGACCCCGCCCCGGACGGCCGCGGGGUCCCCGCCGCUCCCCUCCCGCGCUCCCGCUGCAGCGGCGGCGCAGGGGACCGGCGGAGGGCCGGGCAGGGCGGCAGCCGCAGCUGUCCCCUCCCACCUCCCGCCAGCGCGAGCUUCCCCGCGCCGCGCUCCCGCCGCAGCCGCGCUUCCCCGCGCCAGCGAGCCAGCGAGCGAGCGGGCGAGGCAGCGCGGGGGCCGGGCCGCUUCCUCCUCGCCACCGCGGCGUCCUGGGGCGGGCUCCGGCCGCGAUGGCAGAGGCUGAGCGGGGCUGAGCCCGCAGCCGCCCGCAGCCCUCAGGCCCCCUCGAGUCCCUGCCAUGGCGAAACAGUACGAUGUGCUGUUCCGGCUACUGCUGAUCGGGGACUCCGGGGUGGGCAAGACAUGCCUGCUGUGCCGCUUCACCGACAACGAGUUCCACUCCUCGCAUAUCUCCACCAUCGGUGUUGACUUUAAGAUGAAGACCAUCGAAGUAGACGGCAUCAAAGUGAGGAUACAGAUUUGGGACACAGCAGGGCAGGAGAGAUACCAGACUAUCACAAAGCAGUACUAUCGGCGAGCCCAGGGAAUAUUUUUAGUCUACGACAUUAGCAGUGAGCGCUCUUAUCAGCACAUCAUGAAGUGGGUCAGUGACGUGGAUGAGUACGCUCCAGAAGGGGUCCAGAAGAUCCUCAUAGGGAAUAAGGCUGAUGAAGAACAGAAACGGCAGGUGGGGAGAGAGCAGGGGCAGCAGCUGGCUAAGGAGUACGGCAUGGACUUCUACGAAACAAGUGCCUGCACCAACCUUAACAUUAAAGAGUCCUUCACUCGUCUGACGGAGCUGGUGCUGCAGGCCCACAGGAAAGAGCUGGAUGGUCUCCGAACAUGUGCCAGCAAUGAGCUCGCACUGGCCGAGCUAGAGGAAGAUGAAGGCAAACCUGAGGGCCCAGCAAACUCUUCAAAGACCUGCUGGUGCUGAGGGGUCUGUGUGGAGUCCCCCCCCCAGCCCCCUCCCCUCAGGAGGCCCGUGGAGGCAGGGAGUCUGGGCUUUGUGCACCACUGUCCUUUCAUUUGAUGAUCCUGUUGAAAACCAGUAGCUGCUACUCCCCUACCUGGCCCUUUGAGCAGCUCUGCUGUGGUCUCCGAGCGGCCUCUGCCCCAGCCCCUCUAUCCUGGAGUGGUAACCUUUCAGCCUGUUUCCCAGCCAUAGGCCUGCCGUGACCCCAGAAUGUGCUGCAACCAUCUCACCACCCCAGGCUCUGGGACAACAGUCAAAGCUGGAGUCAAGGCCACUUAAAGAUUCCUUAGUGCAUCUUGUUUUUGUUUUUGUUUUUUUUCAAGACAGGGUUUCUCUGUGUAGCCCUGGCUGUCCUGGAGCUCACUUUGUAGACCAGGCUGGCCUCGAACUCAGAAAUCCGCCUGCCUCUGCCUCCCAAGUGCCAGGAUUAAAGGCGUGCACCACCACUGCCCAGCCUUCCUUAGUGCAUCUUGUGGACUCUGCUUUUUCUCUUCUUUCUUCUCUUCUUCCACUCCCUUCCCUCCCAUGUACAUCCACGUCUCUCCUCCCUUGCCUGUGUGUCCUGCCAAGCACUGCUAAUGCGGUUCCUUCCUUCUAUCCUUCCUGAUUCUGCCUAAGGGAAUGGACCCAGGCUCUGCCCUAGGAUGGACGGCUCCCCCUGCUCUGGGGUAGGCUGAAGGCUAAGGGUGCUUCUUCCCCCUCCCCUCUCCAUGGCCCCUCCUUGUGCCAUGGGCUGCCCUCCCCAAUGGCCUGGGAAGGUAGAACACUGAGGUAGGAAGGGAACCCUACUAGGUGGUCCUCAAGCCUGGACUGACCUCUUCUGCCUUUGCCUUCUGCUGGAGUUUUGGCCUUGCCUGGCUGCCUACAUGCCUCUGUGAGGAACUAAGUCCAGAGGCAGGCACAGCAGAGAAGAAAAAGAUGGGGUGGCAGGGAUUAAGUCACCUCUGUUCUCUACCUCCCAUGCAGUGAGGACACAGCCCCUUCACCUGGAUUCAUAAAUUGAAAGAUAGGGAUGGAGGUCUGAGGACAUCAAAGGGCAAGGGGAGCCCUGGGGUCAGAUACUGUAUAGUCAGCUGUGAACUCCAGAGAGAGGCAAGAGCAGAUGCGAAGGGCUGGCUCCUGGAACCAGGGUUAGAGCAAGAGCAGAGGGAGCAGAGAACAGUGAGUGCCUUGGCGACCGACUGCAGGGCAUCCUGUGUGAGGACAUUUACCCAGAUUCCCCGGGCAGAGGUGACAAGUAAUCAAUCACUCCUCUUUCACUGAACCCAGCCUUCGGAAGUUAAGGUUUCCCUCCAGAGUCUGUGGCCAACAGGCCUUAAGACUGGAAGAGAAGGGCAGGUAUGGGUGGAAACACUUGGUGCUGUUCUGCCUUCCAGGACUCCCUCCCCCUGGCUCCCCUAGCUUUGCCAACUGCUGUGUGGCUACCAAGGGAGGGAAAGAGACACCCUCCUCCAGAGUUCUAUGCUCAGGAAGUUUCUCUAACCCUCUGGUCCAAGAGUAGCUUGAAGGAGGCCCCCUCCCAAAAAGACAAAAACAAAAAAACCAAACCCUGGUAGGGUUUGUCCUUACAUUUCCCAAGGUGGGAGGAGCUCAGGUAAGAGAAUAGUCCCAAGAUGCACUUCAGGCCUGGGGCUGGAGCCAAAGCAGAGGAAGAACUGGGCACUGACGGAGCAUUCAUGGACCAAGGUCCUUGCAAAUCCAGGGCACAGCUGUGAUGACAGAGAGCCCCACGCCUCUUUAGUCCUCUAAAAAGGGAGAUGGGGGUGAAAUCAGUGGGAAUGUCUCCCUGACUUAGCCAACCAGGAAGCAGGCCGGAGAGAGCAGCUCAGGAUUUCUGGUGGAGGGAGAAGGAGAACAGAACAGUAGUCCAUUGUUCACUACAGAGAAACAGUGUUGGCUCAAAGACUGGAUGGUGGCUGGCUUGAGGUGGCUUCCUUGGGGACUGACUCCUGGGUAGUAGCAAGCCUUAGGUAGACUCACGUAACAGUGAGCAGACCUGCCUUCAGCCAGGGACCCAAGGAGAGCUUCUACAGGGCACAGGCCCUAACCUGUCACAAGUGUCACUGUCUUCUUGCCCCAGCCCCUUAAGAAAGGACUUGAUUUUUACUACCUUGAGGAUUCUGGGAGGGAAUCUGGGGCUGGGAUUCUGUGGACACUGUACCAUAGUUACUCUGAAGAAUGGCAACAAAAGGAAGCUGGGAUAUGAAGAGCACCUGUGCUCGCUCUCUUCUGGAGUUUGCCUCACCCUAACUGCCAGUCUGGGAGAUUGGCUUGGGCUGUGUCAUUGGCCUUGACUGUUCAGCAGGCUCGCCUGGCCUGUCUGCCCAUUACCUGAGAUCAACUCACCCUGGUACACCACCUGAGUCCCACUAUCUCCCUGUGAUGGGUGACCUUUGUGUACUGUGUCUUGGGUCCAUUAUAUGAAUUGUAAGCAGGGUUCAUCUAUUUUAAACACAAAUGUUUACAAAAUAAAGAAUAUUUCAAACCAUA